AGGAAGUAUCCAGUGAUUGAAGUGAUAGAUGUUAUUGCAUGAAGUUUGGUAGAAAGAUAUUUAGAAGGGUGACAAGAGCCCCCUGGGCUCACUUGGCUUGCCACCAUUGCAACCAGUUGUUCAUUUGCAUUUACUCUAGCCCUGACAAAGGAAGUUAUGAGGAGGAAGAGUCAUGGAGGCCAUUGCCUGCCUGUCAAGCAAGCAAGUGGUAGCCAUGAUAAUCCAGGUGAGGAAGAGGAGCACAAACAGCUGCUGACAAAGGCAGUGAGGGUCCCUAAGUGGAGGGACCAUUGAAGGUGUCUUGCCCAAAGGUCCUCAGGCACCGAUAGCGAUAUUUAACCACUUUUCUUGUGCUGAUUGGAAAAUACCUACUCUGUAGUUUGCUAGCUGAUGAAAGAAUGAUAGGGAAAACAACUAUAAGCCUGGUUAAGAUAAAUUAAAUUCCAUUUAAUCUAAUUUAUGCCAGGUCAUUGGACGCCUGACCUCAAUGUUCAGUGUCAAUCCAAACAGUUCUAGACUCAAUCCUUGGGAGGAAAGGGUAAGCAUCAGAAGAAUGUGUGCAAGGAUUUGGGAUAGCACACUUAACUGGCUUGCAAAUAAGGCUAUUACAGUGGCAAGGGGUGGCCAAAACCAUUCCAUGAAAAAAGAAAGCAAAAUGUUCUUUUAAAGAGCCAUUUUCUGGUCCCAAAUGUUAAGAUUAUUAUCACAUCUGUGUGACGUUUUCCUUUGGGAAGGACAACGCCUCUAAAGUUUCCAUUAGCCUAUAUGGUAUAUUUGGAGUGUUGAAAAUACAAGUUUGUUUCUUGGCUGAGCCUAGCAUGAACAGGGAUCUAUUCCUGCCAAAAUGAGAAAAUGUUGUUUAGAACAAGGGUGAAUCUGGCUCCUAUAGUAUCCUUUCCCAAUGCUACUCCACCUCUGCCCAUCACCCAACCUUUCCCAUAAAACAAAAUGUAUAUGAAUGAAAGACAAGUUCCUAAUAAGGCAAGUGAAAACAUGGUUUUAAUUUUUAGUUAAGAAUACUCUGAUCUGUAUAUAUGGUCACAUGUUCUUUGGCAGGAUUUAAAAAGUUCUGCUGAAGCAUAUAAUUAUUAUAUCAUUGCUUAAUAAAUGGUAGUUUUUAAACAAUUCAUUCUACAUGUAGGAUUAAGCUUUUUAAAAUUCUAGAUUUAAUAGAACAGUUUGAAGGCGUCAAGAGAAUUGGAUGUUUUAGUCAGUUAAUUUCUUUUGAUUUAAAAUAAUGCUAUAGCAUGCUUUGCAAUGAUAAAAGAAGUUGUAUAAAUAGUAAAUGGUAACUAGAAACAUAUAAAAGAAACCUGUCUUGACAUGCAUGGAUGAAGGGUGAUUUGCUUGCUUAUUUACACAAUCAGGGAAUGUUCAACAUGUAGGACAGUCUUUGGAAUAUAGAAUCUCUUUCACUUGUUCACUGCUUUGCUGGCACAGGGGAAAUAGACAUAGAAAGCAGCCAAGAACAUCAGCUUGCACAGAAGCAUUCCUGUCUUACUUUUAUUUCUAGGUUUGUUUCCUGUGUUGGGGAAAGGGAGACAGGAACACAGAUGCUCCCAUAGUUCACCAUGAAAAAACCUGCAGUGUGGUACCUAAGGAUAAAAAACUGGCCUGAAGUGAAAUUGAGGAAAGCUGGGGAUUUGGCAGUGUUCCCCCUCCUCUCCCAGAAUUUCUCCACUGUCGAAUGUAAAGAUCUCCAUGGUAACUCAAACCCCCAGCCUCUUCUCAGCAGCCUGCAAGAAGCAGUUUUCAGCAGCUCAGAGGUCUCACGACCAGAGUGUGGAUUCUUCUUGCAAACCUCAUCAUAUUGAGGUGGGGCUAAGAUGAGCAUAACCAGUGACGAAGUGAAUUUCUUGGUGUAUCGCUAUCUCCAAGAGUCAGGUUUCUCCCAUUCAGCCUUUACAUUUGGAAUAGAGAGUCAUAUUAGCCAAUCCAACAUCAAUGGAACACUAGUGCCACCUGCUGCCCUCAUUUCCAUACUUCAGAAAGGUUUGCAGUAUGUGGAAGCAGAGAUAAGCAUCAAUGAGGAUGGUACAGUAUUUGACGGCAGACCUAUAGAGUCACUAUCGCUUAUAGAUGCAGUCAUGCCUGACGUAGUACAGACCCGGCAGCAGGCCUUCAGGGAGAAAUUAGCUCAACAGCAAGCUAGUGCAGCAGCUGCUGCCACCACGGCAGCCCCUACAGCCGCCACGACAGCAACGACAACGGCAACCGCUGUCCCACAGCAGAAUACACCAAAGAAUGGAGAAGCCACUGUGAAUGGAGAGGAGAACGGGGCACAUGCAAUAAAUAAUCAUUCAAAGCCAAUGGAAAUUGAUGGAGAUGUUGAAAUUCCUCCUAAUAAAGCAACAGUCCUUCGGGGCCACGAAUCUGAGGUGUUCAUCUGUGCCUGGAAUCCUGUCAGUGAUCUGCUAGCUUCAGGAUCUGGUGAUUCUACUGCCCGAAUAUGGAAUCUUAACGAAAAUAGUAAUGGUAGUUCCACUCAACUAGUUUUAAGGCACUGUAUAAGAGAAGGAGGGCACGAUGUUCCUAGCAAUAAGGAUGUAACAUCAUUGGACUGGAAUAGUGAUGGAACUCUACUGGCUACGGGUUCAUAUGAUGGCUUUGCAAGGAUAUGGACAGAAGAUGGAAAUCUUGCAAGCACCUUAGGUCAACAUAAAGGGCCCAUCUUUGCUCUGAAGUGGAACAAAAAGGGAAAUUACAUUCUAAGUGCUGGUGUUGAUAAGACGACAAUAAUCUGGGAUGCACAUACAGGAGAAGCUAAGCAACAAUUUCCUUUUCAUUCAGCUCCUGCUCUGGAUGUAGACUGGCAGAAUAACACUACUUUUGCAUCUUGUAGCACUGACAUGUGCAUACAUGUGUGUAGACUUGGCUGUGAUCGUCCAGUCAAAACAUUUCAAGGCCACACGAAUGAAGUCAAUGCAAUCAAAUGGGAUCCGUCUGGCAUGCUUCUAGCAUCCUGUUCAGAUGAUAUGACAUUAAAGAUUUGGAGUAUGAAGCAAGAUACGUGCGUACACGACCUGCAGGCACAUAACAAAGAGAUUUAUACUAUCAAAUGGAGUCCGACAGGACCAGGGACCAGCAAUCCAAACUCCAGUAUCAUGUUGGCAAGUGCUUCAUUUGACUCUACUGUUCGGUUGUGGGAUGUUGAAAGAGGAAUCUGCACUCACACAUUAACCAAACAUCAAGAACCUGUCUACAGUGUAGCUUUUAGUCCUGAUGGAAAAUACUUAGCCAGUGGUUCCUUUGACAAAUGUGUCCAUAUAUGGAAUACACAGAGUGGCACUCUAGUACAUAGUUACCGAGGCACUGGGGGAAUAUUUGAAGUUUGCUGGAAUGCUAGAGGAGACAAAGUGGGAGCUAGUGCAUCAGAUGGAUCGGUUUGUGUUCUAGACCUGCGAAAGUAAAUAUUUUAGAAGAAAUUGCAAAUGGACCAGCGUUGAAUGUGUGGGUAGAAGCACUCUUCAAAACUAUUUUUAAGAUUUCUAGAAUUGCAAGAACUGAGGGAAACAAACAGAAUGGAAAACAAAAAGCCUGGGGUGUGCAGCAAAAGCAACUCUCCAGGCAACCGAAGUCUGCAAUGUUUUGUCCAUAUUCUUCACCAAGGAGUUAAAACACAAUCACUUGGGGGCGGGGGCGGUUUCCACCCGGAAUAUUCAGCCUUUGGAAGCAAGCAAGGAGCCCACCAGCGGCUCAAGCCCUGGCGUGUUUGCUUUGGGUCUCUGAGAACUUGUUCUGAUGGCUGGAGAAGAGAAGAGGAAAAGCUGUGCCAAAAAUAAUAAUAUUAAUAAUAAUAAUAAUUAAAAACAAAACACAAAACGUAUAAAGCAGAAUGCUUUGCUGAACCAAAAUGGGAAAAUGAAUUCUCCUCCAUGUGGUGUUGUAUUUUUUUCCUUCCAAUCUGGACACUACAAUUGCUCUCCCAAAGGACGUUCAAAGACCAGUUUGUACUGAUGACACAUGCAACUUUGUAAUCACAACACUUUCUAUUUUCUAGACUACUUUUAUUUGUUCAGUGGUUGUUGUUUUUCUAUCAGCUGGAAUAUUAUAGCCUUGAGGAUCACAGACAUAGGUUUGAAUUGAAUCUUUUCUUUCUUUCUUUCUUUCUUUCUUUCUUUCUUUCUUUCUUUCUUUCUUUCUUUCUUUCUUUCUGUGCCCUUUUUUGUUUGUCUGUUUUGUUUUGCUUUUUCCCUUUAUGCCCAUAGUAAAUACAGGCAGUGGGCAUAAUGAAAAGUUGUAACAGACUGCUUCUCUCCUCUUUUUAUCCCUCCACUCUCUCUCUCCCAGCUUAUUUUUUCUUUUUAAUACUUCCAUACUUCCCAUCUUAAGAGUCUCAAGGGCACUUUCAUAAAAUUGUGUAAUAAGUGCUUUAUGUAAGAAUGCAGUGCCGGGAACGCUUUUUACUGGAGAAAGAUGACUUUUUAAAAAAAGAAAAGAACCCAGUGUAUUUUUGGAAAGAAAAAAAGGUAUUUUUUAAGUUAAACACAAUGUUAGAAGCUUAAAAUCUCUACCAGAUGUAGACCAGAUUGUGUUAGUCAUUGAAAAGAACACUUCAGAUGGAUCCUGGUACACAUUUAAAGAUGUAGUAUCCUUUUUAUCUCCUAGAGAAAGGCAUGUGUUGCUAAAACAACACAUUUCAAACUGUUUUUUUAAAGCAAGGUAUGAAUUCUAUUCCUAUGAAUAUAUAAAUCUAGAGUUCUACAAUUAAAUACUUCUUUUUAAGUCAUUCUAUAUGCACUGAAGGUUUUUUUUAAUCUUCAUAUUUCUCACUAAAGAAAUUCCACCAUGGCAUCAAACCUGGUUCUGUCUUUCUGUUCAAAAAUGAGCAGUUGUUUUUACUCCUUUUCUAAGUAAUAAAGCGACUACUAUAGAUUUUCAGUAUGUAGAAAUGUUAUUACUUCCAGGCCAGCUCUGUUUACAAAUGCUGCUAUGUUAGUGCCUCUCAGCCACUCGCAAUGAUUUAAUAACACAUUAAAGCUACAAUCCUGCAUCCACUUAGGUGGGAGUAAACCACUGAGUAGACCUAUAAGACCUGUAAGAGGUAUUAAGAUUAGAAUUUAAAUACAGGUUUAAGUCGCCAAAGAGUUGUUGGAAAAUUAAAACAACAAAUCAUACUUCCUUUUUCUUCACACCCAAUUUUGAAAUACUGCAGAAAUUGCAUCUGAGCUGGCCUUUUUCUGAGGCAUCCUGUGCAUUGUAUAGCUUGGUAAGCUUUUCGUGGAGGAGGAUACUGCAUUUUUAACAUGGUAAACACUGGGUCUUUAUAGAGGAUUGAACAAGUAUUAGUCCCCUAAUUUAAGAAAUUGAUUUUUAUUUUAAAAAUAAACUAGCUAACGUUAGAGCCAAGUGAAGUGCACUUUGUCAAAGGUAAGGGUUGUUUUCAUUUUGUGGGGGGGAUUCUUCUGUCUGUCUUUCUCUUUCUUUCUUUGCCUUUUAGAAAUGCGGUUCUAUUGUCAAUUUCAGAAUUGUUCACUGGUAGUCUGAAUUCUGGCUUCUGAAUUGUUAUUGUCUGUGUCAGACUUGAAGCCAGGCUUGGUUUCCCAUUUCAGCAUUUCCUAGCUUCUGUUGAAAGGACAUCUCCCUUCCCCUGCCCACUGCCUGUUUUGUCUAAUCACCCUUCCCCUCUCAUACACAGAAAUAUACACACAACUCACUCUCAGCAAAUCACCUUGUGUGUUGUAGUUCAAUUGUUUCAAGGAGAGAAUCAACAGAUCAUAUUCAAUGUCUUGAAUAAAUUGCUAUAUUUUGAUAUUAGAAAACUCUGUGUGAGUUGUUUUUUGGUUCUCCCUGCCCAUCAUGCCAUUAAACAUCUAACAUUC